CCUACGGUGGCCAUCUUGGAGGCGGGCGUGCGCGCUGCGGGGUCUUACCUGCAUGUUGCUCGUGUUCUCGCAGCAGCCGUAGUCUUACACCUAGCCUGUCUAGCCUCCACUUUUCACUGCCACGCAGACACUAUCUCGAGCCUGCAGUUGUACUGAAAUUGAAAAAUGAUGGAAGAGAGUGGAAUAGAGACAACACCACCUGGGACCCCCCCACCGAAUUCUGGGGGCCUGGCUUCUGCUGCUGCACUGUCUUCCGCCCCGGCUCCUUUAGCCGCAGCCAGCACCUUCCCUUCUCCCAGCGGGCCCUCUGUGCAGACCUUGCCGCCGCAGGCGUACCCCGCCCCCCAGCCGCCCCUGCCUCCUGUGCAGCCUGCGGCGCCCUUGCCCUUCCUGACGUCCGCACCCGUUCCUUCUGUCCCUCCGCUCGUCACCUCCCUGCCACCUCCCGCUUCUCCGCCGACUGCGGCUGCCUUCAGUAAUCCUCCUCUGUCCCACUUCCCGCCCUCCGCCUCUGCCCCAAACCCUGUCUUGUCUGCGCCCCCAGCGGGCCCCCCCACUUCCGGAUUCUCGGUUGGCUCAGCGCACGACAUCACCAGGGGACACGCAGGGAGAGCCCCGCAGACGCCCCUGAUGCCGUCGUUUUCCGCGCCUCCGGCGGCAGGUAUUUUGCCAACUCCUAUUACUCAGCAAGCUGGUUUGACAUCUGUGGCACAGGGAACUGGAACUACAUCAGCCAUCACUUUCCCAGAAGAGCAGGAAGACCCUAGAAUUGGUAGAGGUCAGGAUGAAGCUUCAGCUGGUGGACUCUGGGGUUUUAUAAAGGGUGUGGCUGGGAACCCUAUGGUGAAAUCCGUGCUCGAUAAAACGAAACAUUCGGUAGAAAGCAUGAUCACAACGCUGGACCCUGGCAUGGCUCCGUAUAUCAAAUCUGGAGGUGAACUGGAUAUUGUAGUGACCUCGAAUAAAGAAGUAAAAGUUGCUGCCGUCCGAGAUGCCUUCCAGGAGGUCUUCGGCCUAGCUGUGGUUAUAGGGGAAGCCGGACAGUCCAACAUUGCCCCACAACCAGUGGGCUAUGCAGCGGGAUUAAAAGGUGCCCAGGAACGGAUAGAUAGCUUGCGUCGAACUGGAGUGAUUCAUGAAAAACAGACGGCUGUAUCAGUAGAAAACUUCAUUGCAGAAUUGCUUCCUGACAAAUGGUUUGACAUCGGCUGUCUGAUAGUUGAAGACCCUGUGCAUGGUAUUCAUCUGGAAGCAUUUACACAAGCCACACCAGUACCCUUAGAGUUUGUACAACAGGCUCAAAGUCUGACUCCCCAGGACUACAAUCUGAGGUGGUCUGGCCUUUUGGUGACAGUGGGUGAAGUCCUGGAGAAGAGUUUACUCAACGUCAGCCGGACUGAUUGGCAUAUGGCUUUCACGGGCAUGUCCCGUCGGCAGAUGAUCUACAGUGCGGCCAAAGCAAUAGCGGGCAUGUAUAAACAGCGCCUGCCCCCCAGGACCAUGUGAGAAGCCUGGCCCCGGGCUGCUGACACUGCUCACUUGGAGCUACUGGUAAAGAAGAGACAGACCCUUACACUGGACAGCUUUAGUCAGUCCAGCUGUUCUGAUCAUUUCCCGUAGGCUGCAGUUUUUCUCUUCUAGAAAGGUGUGGUAUCAUUCCAGUAGGUGAAACGAAACAGGUCCUUUUUAUGAUUACAUAAUUUCACAUACCAUAGUUCCCAAAAAAUUUAUAAAUAUUUUUAUAGGACAGUUUGAUACACCAGAUUUAUAAGGUGCAAAUUCAUGUGCUAAGGUAUUUAACUUGAUGAUGUGUACUUGAUUACUAUUUUGUUUUUUAAGAAAUAGUUGACUAAAGAACAUGUUUACUGAAUAUUGUUUAAAGGCAUUGUUUCUUUUAAUUCAUGAUUAAUAUCUUCCCUGCCAGUCUUUGAAGCUUUUUGUGUGUGCAUGUGCUCAGGUAUGAUGCUAAGAUGUGGGCUCACCAAAAGACUGUUAAGACAGCUACUUGUAGGGAGAUGGUGCACUUUUCUAUGCAUAUUUUUAACAUGGGCCAGAAUAGCAGAAUUGAUCAUUUUCUUUUUGGUUAUCACAUUAUACACAUAUGGUCUGAAAAAUUCCUUUUUUUUUAAAGUAAGUUUCAGCAUUUCACAUUCAUACUGUAUGAUAAACAUUUGGAUGAUACAUUUUAUUUUUUCAUUGCUCUGUGACAGCUAAGUGGCAAAUGAUUCCAGUCUAUUUAAAUUAGAAGCAUUGGGUAUUUUUUGCAUAAUACUAUUCAGCACUUCCAAGUAAACUCUGCAGCCAUUAUUUCUGUUUUAACUUAUUUCUCUAGCUGUAAUAGAGAAGUUUUUGAGAGGAAAUUAUUGUUUAUGAGAUUAUAUGACUUACUUUAAGGACACUUCUUAUUUAGUUUGCCUUAAACACUGCUUUUCUAACUUUGUGCCAUUCUGCCUUUACUUUUUAUGCAGGUUUUCAAAGAAACAAUUUUAUAGUGAACCUGGUUUAUUUAGUGCAUUAUGUUUGUAUUUAACAAAAGCUUCUUUUUCCCCCAAAUAAUAUAUUUUACCAAGUUUGGAUUUAUAAAAAUCAAAAAUAAAUACCUUGUCAUAUACUUUUGAACUCUAUAUAUGAAAGUUUAAAUAACUUUUGAAGAUCGUUUCUUAUAUAAAUGUAAUUUAAUUUUUAUUUACUCUUCUAUAUAAUUCCUUAGAAGUAAAAAAAUUAGCACAAUCUUAUAAAAUCUUUUAAUGUGUUGAAGCUGUUAUCCUGUACUGUCAUUAUGUGUCAUGUUUGCUUUGUUUUAAUAUCAUUUCAAGUACUUAUUUGACUUCUAUUUUUUUUCUAACCCGAGGGUGAUAAAAUUACAUAUUAAUUUUCCACCUAUGUUUUAAUUUCCAUGCCCUGUAUAAUGAUUGUUGAGUGCAAUUCAGAUAUCUGUGUCAUUAAAAAUAAUGAGAGAGAAGACAGAUGUAGCCAGUUGCUAUAGCAUAAUAGGAACAGAAUACUUAUUUUCCCUUUUUACUGGUAUUUAUGGAACACUUCAUCUGUGUUUUCUCCAUCUUCCACGAUUAAGGGAAGCCUUUCUCCAACAUUUGUUUUUUUUAUUUUAAAAAGCUGCCCUUUAUCGUGGUGUCAGACUAAUGACACAUCACUGUUAGGCAUGAAGGAACAUAUGCCCAUACUUCAUAUUUCUGCUUUUUUCUCUUCUAUUAUAGGGAAAUUUUACAGAUCCUAAAAAUAAUCCGAGUUUUCUUUUUAUUUUACCAAAUCUCAAAUAUCUUAAUUGAUGUUUUGGGGGAUUGUUUUCAUAAAAUAACUAACAUUGACAUCCCAUUAGAGGACAGUCUGCAGGUCAUCAGAUAGCAAUGCCUAUGGUUUGGGUGCAGCUGAUUUUCUGGCAGCUGGUAAUUUGCACGCCUGCUCUUUGUGAGUGGGUAAGGACUAGGGGGAAGGGCAGAUGGAAAAGAUAAAUACAUGAUCUCAUUCUGGCCUCUUAUUCCUUUUUUGACCCAGAGUUACCUUUGAAAGGCUGAUGCUCAUGACUGAUUGUACACAGUCAGCUUUCCCAGCUUCUUGUAUAUUUUUUCAUGCUUGGAUUUCCUUGUUGUACAAGGUACAAGAAAAGUCAUCUCUUGCACACCACAGCAUCCUGGGCCAGGCAGCCUUUUACUGUUGGUAUUGUGACAUGAGAUGUGCUGCUCAUCAGCCUAAGGCCACAGCUCCCUUCACCAGGCAUCCAGCCGUCCUGUUCUAUUCCUGCUUGCUUCCUUAUAACUCCCCCACUAGCAUUUUUUAGGGUGAGUUGAGCUGAGACUAUUUCUUUUUUUCACCCUCAAGCAUCUUGGGACUACUUAUCUUUAACACAGUUCUUUGCCACUACUGUUUUGGUCAUGUUUGUGUGUUUUGUUUUGUUUUUUUCGUUUGAAGUGCUCCCAGAACUACUUACUGAAUUUGAGAAGUUUGUAUACUUUUUAGUUAAGAAGUGUGAAAGAAAAUAGGAAAAAAAUGCAGGAAGAGUAAUUUUACAUCAACCUCAGUUGACAGAACAUACUCAGAUUACUCAUAUUAAUAGUGUCUUGUUACUAAGUUUAUCGGGUAACCUAGAGCUGGGCCCCAGAUUCUGGGUAGAAAAGAUUGAGCCAAUACCAGUAGUUUUCUCCUCUCUUAUUAUUACUUCCCCUUUCUUUGUGCUUUCUCUCAAAGAUUAAUGAGGUAGAAAAUUGAAAUGAAUAGAUAUAGACAAAAUGGUAGUAUGAUAGUAAAUAUAGGUAGAUAACAGAUGAAAGUGUAUUGUAUACAUUAAUUCAAAAUCAUGAAAAUUACUAAUACACUCAGGGCCAGCUAAAUUAGUUUAAGAUGCUGUUGAAAUUUACUUUGUUCCUUGGCUAGAAAAAUUUCUAAACAGGAAUUUUGUGUUCUGUGAAGCCAAACUGGUAACAUUUUAUGUUCUAAAAGAUGUUGGGUUAUACAUAAAUUAAAAAACUUGGAUAUUUACUCCCAGAAUAUGGAGAAUAAGCUCUGGGAGUUGGUAAUGGACAGGGAAGCCUGGCAUGCUGCAGUCCAUGGGGUCACAAAGAGUUGGACACGACUGAGCGACUGAACUGAACUGAACUGAUGCAGGAUGAUGUAUCGGAUAAAGCCAAUUUUGUACGUAUGUAAAUAUGUCAUAAAUAAAUAAUACCUCAACUUA